AUGACAACGACGCCAGAGCAACUUCAGAAUGGCGGCCUCAAACUUCCACCAUUUCCGCCUAGGGAGUACCCAGCGGGAAUCUCUAAUCCUCCGCCAAAAGUGGACUUGUCGGAGAACGAGGCGCAAGAUUUGAAAACAAAUAUCUAUGCCCAGUUGGAUGAAUUCGAUGGGUACGAGGAAUAUAGCACGCCGUUCACAAUCCAACGUCUAUGCGAACUAUGCGUCGAUCCGCGAAAACACUAUAAGUACAUCGGCAAGUACUUGAGGGCGGUCGAGAAGACCCUUCUCAUUACCUCAACAUGGGACAGCUUCCCUCCAUUAUCCGAGAUAGACAGCACGUACUCUCCAGUCGGCCAUUCGUCGAUCAGCACCUCUACCGUGUCAGCCCCCAAUACCCCGAUGUUCUCCCCUAUCCCAUUCCUUCAUGAAGAUGCCCGCCGAUCGAAGUCGCGCAGUCCACCUCCGAGUCCUCUGGUUCUUCCUGCAACUAUUGCCGGUGGUCUCAGCGGGGCGGACGAAAGCGCAGACGUCAAAGCUCUAGGUCUUGUCGACGAGCUGGAUGAUCCAAGCCCAGGUCACUUGAGUGACCACAUAGAGCCCAUCUCUUCGACGACGACGGUGGAUUCAAGACCGUUGCACGGGACCCUGGAGGAGCGCUUCGUGAAAGCUUCGGAGGGAGCAAGCGCAGGCGAAGGGGAGCCGAGUGGGGAUGUGCCGAUGGCGCAAGACGAGGAUGAAGGGAAAGAGAACAGGGCUGUCUGA